AUGAAAGUCAUAACCAACUUCAGCUACCCUAGAAACAACAGCAACUGCACCAGCGAUAACAGAAUCAGUCAAGUCAUUUUUCCUUUGCUUUAUACAGUUCUGUUCCUGGUGGGUAUCACAAUGAAUGGCCUGGCAAUGUGGGUCUUUUUUAAAAUAUCCAGUAAAUCCAAUUUCAUCAUCUUCCUCAAGAACACUGUCAUUUCUGACUUCCUUAUGAUCUUGACUUUUCCAUUUAAAAUCCUUAGCGAUGCAAAAUUGGUAUCAUGGGUACUGAGAGGAUUUGUGUGCCAGGUCACCCAGGUUGUAUUUUACUUUACCAUGUACAUUAGCAUUUCAUUUCUUGGUCUGAUAACUAUUGAUCGCUACCAGAAAGCUGCUUCACCAUUCAGAACAUCAACACCAAGGAGCCUCUUAGGGACAAAGAUCCUUUCCACAGCAAUAUGGAUAUCAAUGUUUGCUCUUUCAUUACCCAACAUGAUUCUAACAAACAAGAAGCAAACACCUAAGAACGUAAAAAAGUGUGCUCUCUUGAAAUCAGAGUUUGGCUUAGUCUGGCAUGAAAUCGUAAACUACAUCUGUCAACUUAUCUUCUGGAUUAAUUUAGCAGUUAUAGUUGUAUGCUACAUACUCAUAAGUAAAGAACUCUACAAAUCCUACAAAAGGACAAGAUCCACAGGAAAGGCAUCCAAAAAGACUGUAAAUCUGAAAGUUUUCAUCAUUAUCACAGUGUUCUUUAUUUGCUUUGUGCCAUUUCACUUUACUAGAAUCCCCUACACACUGAGCCAAACAAGAGAUGUUUUUGAAUGCUCUGCUCAGAACACCUUGUUUUACUUGAAAGAGAGCACACUGUGGCUGACAUCACUAAAUGCUUGCCUAGAACCAUUCAUAUACUUUUUCCUUUGCAAAUCAUUUAGAAAGUCUUUGCUUGACAUGCUGUGCAAGCACACAGCAUCGUCAGAACUCAGAGCACAGAUGAAGGAGCAGAAUGAAGGAGAUGACACAGAUGAAACACCACUCUAGAGCUACCACGCUCCUUCUUGGCCACAUAUGUCUACUGGUAGGUAGAAGCAGAACUGCUCCAGCAAAGAGUAUCUAGAAUUUCACUGACUUCUUUAGAAACUGUCCUGCAAAUGAAGCACAAACACCCUGGAACCAACAUCCCUUGUUGAAAAAAUUGUGAGACUAGAAAACUUCAACCACCCAAUCACAACUUCCAUGUUUGUAAGAAUUGCUGGGAAGUCUGAACUUAUAGUUGGAGCUGUAAGGAAAAAAAUUAAAACAGAGUCAUGAAAUGUCACAGAUGAGAUUACGAACUGCAAAGAUUUUGUAGAAAGAGUUGUCCGUGACAACACAAUAUCUGGGAAAUGCAAAUAAAAUACACAGUAAAUGUGAUUCUUAAAUAUAGGGACUUGUCACCUUGUACGCAACUGGCAAACAGAAAUAUACGACAUAGGUAUAUAAAUCAUUAAUCUGUGCACAUUUUGGGUAACAGAAUAACAUUUUGCUUAUCUCAUUAUAUUAUUGCAAUUCCUAAUUCAUUGACCAGUAAUUAACAGUUGUAUGUCACAGGAUAUUAUUUCAUAAUCAGGCUUAUCUUGAUGCCUUAUCUUCAUAUACUUCAAUUAAAUAAAUAAACAAAAAUGUA